AUGGCUUUGACUGUGUGCGUACGGCGACUGACAGGGCUACCGGGCCCCCAUGAUCGACAAGUGAAGCUCUGCUUUCGAGGUUUUACUCAGAAAACAAGGAAAUUUCACUGCAGUCGAGAAGCAGUUAUUGGUGAGCUGUUCCGUUGGCCACACUAUGGGGCUCCGUUGGCUGGGGAAUGUCUGUCUGUGAAGGUGAUUAACUGCAGCCGUGUGUUCAGCCCCAGGACUCUAGGAACUCUGGUGAUCUCCCUCCAGCAGCUGGAGACUGCUGGACGCUUGGUGCUGCGAGAGGCCCUCGUGGAUGAGAACCUACGAGUGUCCCAGAUCCAGGUGGAGCUUGACCUGAAAUACCAACCCCCAGAGGGGGCCACUGGGACCUGGGCAGAGGAAGACUUUGGAGCACCAAUCCGGGACAGCUCUGAGCUGAUCGUCUCCAAUGUGGGCUUCCAGGAGCUGUCGCCUGGAGAGGCCCGGCUGGAGCGACGGGCAGUGGCUUUGGGUCGCAAGCUGGCUCGCAGUCUAGGCCAACAGGAUGAUGAAGAGAACGAGCUGGGGCUGGAGCCGGAGCUGGAGGACGAGCCUGAGGUGGAGCUUUCCUGUGUGGUGUUCAGCCCCCUCAAGAGUCGAGCUCGGAGCCUGGCCCGCGGGGAUCCUUUUCAACUGCCCAGAGCCCAGGACUUCCAGGUUGGAGUCACAGUGCUUGAGGCCCAGAAGCUGGUGGGAGUCAACAUUAAUCCCUACGUGGCUGUGCGCGUUGGGGAGCAGCGCCGAGUAACUGCCACACAGCGCGGGACCAAUUGCCCCUUCUACAAUGAGUACUUCCUAUUCGAAUUUCAUGACACCCGGGUUCACCUCCAAGACUUGCUGCUGGAGAUCACGGCUUUCCAUUCGCAGACCCUCCCCUUUAUGGCCACCAGGAUAGGCACCUUCAGGAUGGACCUGGGCAUAGUCUUCGACCAGCCAGAUGGUCACUUCUACCAGAAAUGGGCUCCUCUGCACGACCCCCGGGACACCCGCGCUGGGACCAAGGGUUUCGUCAAGGUCACCUUGUCAGUGAGGGCGCGCGGAGAUAUGCCCCCUCCGCUGCCACCGCCGGCCCCGGGGCGCAGUUCGGACAUUAAGAAGAACCUGCUGCUGCCGCGAAGGGUGCCCGCCGAGCGGCUGUGGGCGCGGCUCCGUGUGCGCGUGUACCGCGCGGAGGGGCUGCCCGCGCUGCGCCCGGGGGUGCUGGGCAGCCUGGCCCGUGUCCUGAGCGACCAGCGCGUCCUCCUGGACCCCUACGUGCGGGUGUCUUUCCUGGGCCAGCAGGGUGAGACGUCGGUGCGCAGCGAGGCUGUGGCGCCGGAGUGGAACGAGCAGCUGAGCUUCGUGGAGCUCUUCCCGCCGCUGACGCACUGCCUCCGGCUGCAGCUGCGGGACGACGCGCCGCUGGGGGACGCGGCCCUGGCCACGCACGUGCUGGACCUCAGGCAGAUCUCGCAUCCGGGCCGCGCGGCGGGGUUCAAGCCCACCUUUGGCCCGGCCUGGGUGCCCCUCUAUGGCUCACCCCCGAGUGCAGGACUCCGGGAUAGUCUUCAGAACCUCAAUGAAGGCCUUGGACAAGGUGUUUGGUUUCGAGGCCGCUUGUUGGUGGCUGUGUCCAUGGAAGUAUUCGAAGGGAGAGCUGAACCCGAGCCUCCGCAAGCCCAGGGGUCCAGGCUAUCCCGCCUCCCUGGGAAGAAGAAGAAGAAAGCCAAGCCAAGCCAGUCCCCAGAGGGGCCCGAGGUUCCUAGCGCGAUGGAAGUGGAGGUGGAGGAGGUUCUGAGGCUGCCAGAGAAUGCCUUGGCGCCCUGCGAAGAUUUCCUGCUCUUUGGUGUACUCUUCGAGGCCACGAUGAUCGACCCCACCAUGGCCUCCCAGCCCAUCAGCUUCGAGAUCUCCAUUGGUCAUGCAGGUCGCCAGGAGGAGCAAGUAGGCCAAGGCGUCAAGGCAAAGGAGGGAUCUGAGGGCUCAGCAGGGGAGGAGCAAGCCCUGCUGGAGCCGGAUGCUGAUGCUGGGGAUGAGCUGGAGGAGGUGGGGACCCCAGCUCAGCGGCCAGAGCCCAUGGACGGCAGUGGGCCCUACUUCUGCUUGCCCCUGCGUCGCUGCAAGCCAUGUGUGCGCAUCUGGAGCCGCUGGGAGGAUCACACGUGGCGCCUGCUGAGCAGCAACCUCCUGCGCAAAGUGGCAGAGAGGCUGGACCAGGGGCUUCAGGAGACUGAGAUGUUGCAGCGCAGGCCAGGACCCAGUGCUUGCAUACGACUCAAGCAGUCACUGGAAGAACUGGUGGCUGGGAGCAGACAGUUUUGCCGUGGGGCUCAACUCAGAACUAUGAAUCGGCCCAAUGUGCUGGAUCGCUGCCGAGGGAAGAUGCUGGUGCACAGCCUGAAUCUGCUGGCCAGGCAAGGCUUGAGGCUACUGCAAAACCUACAAGCAGGCAAUGUGCAGGAGAAAGCAGCACUGGCCAAGAAACUCCUAGCAAAACUCCGCGUCCUGGCCCAGGAGCCCCAGCCACCCCUCCCUGAUGUGCUGGUCUGGAUGUUCAGCGGACAGCGCCGUGUGGCCUGGGCCCGGAUUGCAGCCCAGGAUGUGCUCUUCUCUGUGGUGGAGGAGGAGCGCGGCCAGGACUGUGGCAAGAUCCAGAGUCUGCUACUCACGGCACCAGGGGCCACCCCUGGUGAAGUCUGUGCCAAGCUGGAGCUCUUUCUGUGGCUGGGCCAGGGAAAGCAAGCCAAGGCCUGCACCUCAGAGCUACCCUUAGACCUGUUGCCUGAGCCCUCAGCUGGGCUGCCCCGGAGCCUGUUUCGGGAUGACUUCAGUUAUUUCCAGCUCCGGGCUCACUUGUAUCAGGCCCGAGGUGUGCUGGCAGCAGAUGACAGUGGCCUCUCGGACCCCUUUGCUAGAGUCCUCAUCUCUACCCAGUGCCAGACAACCCAGGUCCUGGAGCAGACGCUGAGCCCACUAUGGGAUGAGCUCCUGGUGUUUGAUCAGUUGAUCGUGGAUGGGAGGAGGGACCACCUGCAUGAGGAGCCCCCCUUGGUAGUCGUCAAUGUCUUCGACCACAACAAGUUUGGUCCCGCUGUGUUCCUGGGCAGGGCUCUGGCCCCCCCAAGAGUAAAGCUCAUGGAGGAACCCUACCAGCGCCCUGAACUGCAGUUCUUCCCCUUGAGGAAGGGGCCCCAGGCAGCCGGAGAGCUCAUUGCCACCUUUGAACUCAUUGAACUGGACUACAGCGGCCAGCUUGAGCCCUCAGUGCCUGUUGAUGUGGAGCCUCAGGACCUGGCCCCCCUAGUCCAGCCCCUUUCUGGACGCAUGUCUCUACCACCCAGUGUGCGGCCAGUGCUCAAGGAGUUCCAUGUUGAGGUGCUGUUCUGGGGUCUGAGAGGCCUCGGCCGUGUGCACCUGUUUGAAGUGGAGCAGCCCCAGGUUGUUCUGGAGGUGGCUGGGCGGCGUGUGGAGUCUGAGGUCCUGGCCAGCUACCGAGAGAACCCCAAUUUCACGGAUCGUGUCAGGCAUCUGACGGUGGACUUGCCGGAGCAGCCUUACUUGCAGCCCCCAGUCAGCAUCCUGGUGAUUGAGCGCCGGGCCUUUGGCCGCACAGUUCUUGUGGGUUCCCACAUUGUCACCCACAUUCAACGGUUCACAUUCUGGGGUCAUAAGGAUCCCUUCAAGGAGGAGGAGGAAGGGAAAGAGAUGCCUAUGGGACCUCAAGGAGACAAAUCCUCGGAUUCCUUCUUGGCUGAGGAGGGGUUACCUAGAAAGCUCCUCAAGGCUCCUCUGAAAAAGCUCCCCCUGAGAGGCCUCCUGAAUCAAGGCCCUGAAUUCGAGGAGGACAUCCCAGAUCCUGAAGAGCUGGACUGGUGGUCCAAGUACUAUGCAUCGCUGCAGGAACAACAGAGACAGCCAAACUUUGAUGAGGAUGAAAUGGAUGAUCCUGGGGAUUCAGAUGGAACCAAUCUCAUUUCUGUGGAUGAGGAAGCCCAAGACCAGAGUGAGGCUGAAGCUGAGGGUCCCAUGCCCCACAAAAAAGCAAUUACUACCCUAAAGAUCUACAACCGAACGCUGGAGGAGGAGUUCAGUCACUUUGAAGAUUGGCUGCGUGUCUUUCCCCUCUACAGAGGGCAAGGAGGCCAAGAUGGAGAUGGAGAGGAAGAAGGAUCUGGACACUUAGUUGGAAAGUUCAAGGGCUCCUUCCUCAUUUACCCUGAAUCAGAGGUACUGUCACAGUCUAGGCCUCAUAUUUCCCAGGGAAUCCCACAGAACCGGCCCAUCAAGCUCCUGGUCAGGGUUUAUGUUGUGAAGGCCACCAACCUGGCGCCUGCAGAUCCCAAUGGCAAGGCUGACCCCUAUGUGGUAGUGAGCACUGGCCGGAAACGUCAGGAUACCAAGGAACGCUACAUACCCAAGCAGCUCAACCCUAUCUUUGGAGAGGUCCUGGAGCUCAACAUCUCUCUACCAGCUGAGCCUGAACUGACCGUGGCCGUGUUUGAUCAUGACCUCGUGGGCUCUGAUGACCUCAUUGGGGAGACCCACAUUGAUCUGGAAAACCGAUUCUACAGCUACCACAGGGCCAACUGUGGUCUGGCCUCCCAGUAUGAUGUAGAUGGGUAUAAUACCUGGCGUGAUGCAUUCCGGCCUUCACAGAUCCUGGCAGGGCUGUGCCAACGCUGUGGCCUCCCUGCCCCGGAAUACAGAGCUGGGGCUGUCAAGGUGGACAGCAAAGUCUUUCUGACACCGCCUGAGACCCUGGCCCCAGGUAGGGGAGGUCCCAAGAUGGCAAAUGAGCCCCUUGAGGAGGAACAGGCACUGCAUGUACUGCGGUGCUGGCAGGAGAUGCCGGAGCUAGGGAUCCCACUGGUACCCGAGCACGUUGAAACACGACCCCUCUACCACCCUCGCAGCCCGGGGCUGCUGCAGGGAUCCCUUCACAUGUGGAUUGACAUCUUCCCACGUGAUGUGCCCGCCCCACCUCCUGUUGACAUCAAGCCUCGACAGCCAAUCAGCUAUGAGCUCAGAGUCAUCAUCUGGAAUACAGAGGAUGUGGUCCUGGAUGACUUGAACCCACUCACUGGAGAGAUGACGAGUGACAUCUAUGUGAAAAGCUGGGUCAAGGGGUUGGACAGCGACAAGCAGGAGACUGACGUUCACUUCAAUUCACUGACUGGGGAGGGGAACUUCAAUUGGCGCUUUGUGUUCCGAUUUGACUACCUGCCCACGGAGCGCGAGGUGACCGUCCGGCGCCGGCCUGGACCCUUCGCCCUGGAGGAGGCUGAGUUCCGGCAGCCGGCUGUGCUGGUCCUGCAGGUCUGGGACUAUGACCGCAUCUCUGCCAACGAUUUCCUUGGAUCCUUGGAGCUGCAGCUGCCCAACAUGGUGCGGGGAUCCCGGGCCCCGGAACUCUGCUCUGUGAGGCUGGCCUGCGAUGGGGCUGGGCCUCGGUGCAACCUGUUUCGCUGCCGCCGCUUACGUGGCUGGUGGCCAGUGGUGAAGCUGCAGGAACUGGAGGAUGUGGAGCGGCAGGAGGCGGCCCAGGUUGGUAAGAAGAGCCGGAGGCGGAGGAAGGGCCGGCUGGAAGACUGGGAGUUCAAAGAUGCUGGUGGCAACGUGCACAUCCUCACGGGGAAGGUGGAGGCAGAGUUUGAACUGCUGACUGUGGAGGAGGCUGAGAAACGGCCUGUAGGGAAGGGACGGAAGGAGCCGGAGCCCUUGGAGAAGCCCAACCGUCCCAAAACCUCCUUCAACUGGUUUGUGAAUCCUCUGAAGACCUUCGUCUUCUUCAUCUGGCGGCGCUACUGGCGCAUCUUGGUGCUGCUGCUGCUCUUGGCGUUGAUCACCAUCUUCCUCCUCCUCAUCUUCUACACUAUCCCGGGCGAGAUCAGCCAGGUCAUCUUCCGCCCUCUCCACUGA